GUUCUGUCUCAGCUUCUAGGUGGCCUGGCCUUCCCUGCUGCCCAUAUUGAGUUCAGAUUUUUCUCAUAUCCAUGUUGAAGCCUUUCUGGGCAGGCAUACAUCUUGCACUCAGCAGCCCUUGUACCUUGCCACCUGGGGUGCAUGGAGGUCCUACUUUGUGGGCUGCAUGAAGACACAGGCCUGGGUUUGCUCUGAGAAGUGGACAUAUGCAGGCCUGUCCCCUGUCCUCACAUUCUCACAGGCCCAGGACAAGGGAAGCCACCUUGGGCUGCAGGCAGUAGGCAGAGGAGAGUUCCCUCGGGGAUAUGGGGGAUGGUGCAGAGGAACAGAGAAUAGGGCAAAGCCAUGGUGAUAAACCCCACAAAGCAUCCCAGUGUUCCUGCUGGACAGAGGGGUUGGGGUGCCCCUCCAUGGGGAGGCGUUGAGCUAGGAGGCAGGGUGAUCAGAAGUGCCCCAGCAGUCCCCUGUGCUGACCACUGAAGUUGACAGGGCUGAGAGCAUGUCUCUCCCAGGGCUUGGUGGCAUGACCUGAAGACAGCCCAGAGCCUGGAGGCCACUGUAUCAGACAAGUGAUCCCAAGAAGGAGUCUGCACAACAGAACAGGGGGAGCAGAAGCCAUAGAGCCUAGCUCUAAGUCUGCUCAGGACCCUAGGUCCACUUCCCCAUCUAGCAUGUGGGGUCUCCUGUGUAGCUCUCUGCAGUGUGGGGUACCCCACCUCCCUGUCCAGCACGUAGGGUCCCCUGUGUAGCACUCUGCAUUGUGGGGUCCUGGGCACAUACUCAACUCCUAUGAUUCUUGUGUUCAGUUCUUGAUUCUCGUGAGUUUGCACAUGAAGCAGGAGUGUGCGCUGUUUCCCAGGAGGCUGCAGAGGCUUGAGAGCCCCCUUUACCUGAGAAGGGCCCAGGAGCUGUGGAAAGUCACACACUUACUACUAAGACUUGCUGAUCCUUGCAAGGCUGUGGAGCCACUUAGCAUUCUGGUCCGGAGGUGGGGAUGUGUGAGGUUGGGGGCUGGGGACACAGAGCAGGUGGGGAUUGCAGGUGAAGUAUGUUUAAGGUUCUUGUGGGGGAGCCUUGAGGCUGCAGGAACAGGGUAUAGGACUCACUCGUGAUUCUAGUAACAUGGAGGGGUUCCCUUUUUAGAACAUGGUCCUUGUCAGUGAUGUGUAACCGUAUGUUUGGGUGUACACAGAACAUGCAAAUAUGUGUGGUGCAUGUAUUGUGCGUACAUCACAUGGCUGUAUGUGGUCAUGUAUAGUGUGUGGCAUGUACAUGCAUUUGUGUAUCCUACACACGUGUAGUUAUGUGUGUGAUCUGUAGGUGCUCUGCACAUUUAUGAAGGCGUGUUGUGUGCUCAUAUGUGAUCUACAUAUGCACUGUACCUGUAUGAAGGCAUGUUGUGCGAUCAUGUGCAUGUGUCACACCCAUGUUGUCUGCAUGUUUGUACAUGGGCACAAAUGAAUAGUGAUGUGUGCAUCAGGUAUGCGCUGUAUGCUUACACAUACAUGUAGUAUGUGCUUGUCACAUGCAUGUGUGUUGUGUGGUAUGUCCGCAUGCAGGCCUGUGUGUCCACAUGUCCUCAGGUACACCGUGGAUCUCAGCAUUGCUGCUUUGGUGUGAUUACUGUGGUGGCCUACAUUGGGGAUUAAGAACACAGCUUGUAUCCAGCUGGACAGCCACCUGGUCUGAGCAGCCUGUGUGAACAUCCUGCAACCACUGUGGCCCUCAGGUGGCUCUGUAGGUGUUGGUCCAGGCGGAGCCCUCCUGGAUGUCACCUGCCCAGACAGGUGUGGCAGUGUGUGUGCCCUAGUCCCCACUCUCGCUGGCUUGUCCGCUUGCUCCCCAAACCCAGACCCUGUCCCUCGCUGCAUGCCUUAUUUGCUGCCAUGGGCUGGGUGCCAGGUGCACGCCUCAAAGUCAAGGAUGAAUGGUGGCCUUUUCUGCACGGCAAGGGGGUGGGGCCAGCUUUGAGCGGGGAUUGGGGGCCCAGUACUGGGGAUUUGAUACACAGGGACGGGGCAGGGCAGACUAGCCAGGAUUAGUCCUCAGCUCUUCAUACAAAGCAGCUGUCGCUGUGCCCCAGGCUCGACCACACCGGCUGCACCCUGCUGAGCAGGUGGGUGCCAUCCCUGCUAUAGUGGCGAGGGCCUGCCCGGGGGCACGUGAAGGGCAGAAGGAUGCCAGUUGAGCCAGUGGUCAUUGGGAGCAGUUCAGCCCUGGGAUGACCUGGAUCCUUGGGUUGGCACCUGCAGCAGUGUUUGAGCCCUGUGCUGUGUCCAUCUGCCCUUGGGGAAAUUCUGACCUCCUUCCAGCAGACUAUCCCAGGCAUGUCAGGUCCCAGGCCUGUGGUGCUGAGCGGGCCGUCGGGGGCCGGGAAGAGCACCCUCUUGAGGAGGCUGCUGCAGGAGCACGGUGGUGUCUUUGGCUUCAGUGUCUCCCAUACCACAAGGGACCCUCGGCCUGGCGAGGAGAAUGGCAAAGGGAGGUGAUGCAGCGCGACAUUGCUGCCGGAGACUUCAUUGAGCACGCUGAGUUCUCAGGGAACCUGUACGGGACAAGCAAGGCAGCCGUGCGGGCCGUGCAGGCCAUGAACCGCAUCUGCGUGCUGGACGUGGACCUGCAGGGCGUGCGCAACAUCAAGAAGACUGAUUUGCGGCCCAUCUACAUCUCUGUGCAGCCACCCUCCCUGGACGUGCUGGAACAGCGGCUCAGGCAACGCAACACUGAGACAGAGGAGAGCUUGGCGAAGCGGCUGGCUGCAGCCCGGGCCGACAUGGACAGCAGAAAUCAAGAAAGCUCAGGGACCUGACCAUGCUUGAGGACCUGGCUGGACACCCAGGACCCACCCAGAACCAGGACAGGUGCCUGCUGCCUGCCUCUUGGCCUCCAUGCUGCAGGGCCCCAGGUGCCCACUGUCCCCUGUGCCCUGACUCUGCCCACUCCUGUCCCUCAUCCCUGUCCUUCCCGCUGGAGCCGGGGCUGAUACCCAAUAAAGGAACCAAUGGUUGGGUUAA